AUGCUGUGUGGCAUGGAGGCCUUAGGUCAAACCAAAAAUGGAGAAAAGAAACUACCAACAGAUACAAUUUAUUUGUAUGUCACAUCUUCAUCACUUCUUCUGACUGAUAACUCUGCUGCUGUAACCCACCCUGUUUUUGUUAUUGACCGUCACCAUUUGGAACAUAUUUUUGGAUUUCCAUCAGAAAUCUUUCCAGAAGAUAGGAAAGAUAUCUCACCAAAGGACACUCAAAAAACUUCAAGAAAACAUCUUGCUGAAAUGUCUUCAGAGAAGAUGCACCAGUGUCGAGAUCGUCCAGUGCCUCAGCUGAGGGCAAAUUCGUCUAUGAGACAAACCGUCGCAAUGGAGAUAAACUAUUCUCCAGCUAAUCGUGCAGCCUUGUCUGUGAAUACUGGCACUAGAGCCACGAGGACUUACCAAGAGAGCAAGCAAAAGUGCCACGGAAAGGGUAAGAAGUCGAGUGCAAGUGAAUAA